AUGUCAAAUUCUCCAACGACAAACUCGGAGACCUCCGCUCUCCCUUCACUGGGCAGCAGCUUCCCCAACUUCACUCCGAUGUAUCUACCACCUCUGUUUUCCCAACGAUCGUCUCGGAGUGAAGCUACACUUUUCAUCGUGGUGGCCGUGCUGGUCAAUACGGCGCUCGAGGUGUGUGUCGCUCACGACUCAUUUGGUCGCGGGUUUGGAGACAUCCUGGCAUUCACACACUACGACGUCUACGGGCUUAUCGCCAUAACUCUGGUCGGUCCCAUGAUAGCGAGUUGCGUACAUCUUUUCUACGCAUGGCGCAUCGUGACACUGGCGCGAAGAGCAUGGCCGGUGGCGGUUCUCAUCGUCGCCGCGUCUCUCGCACAUUGGGGAGCAACUUUUGCAGGCGGCAUCAUUGCUUACCUCCGCAGUAUACACCAAGUUUCUCCGCCGCUCCCCGUCCUCAAAUACCAGGUUUACAUCUCAUUGGUCGGACAAGCGACGGCCGAUAUACUCAUCACAGGUGCCAUGGUCUUUCUGCUUCGUAAACAGUCCACGAAAGUCGCUCGAACGCGGUCAACCAUCAACAGCCUGAUCAUCCUCAUCGUGGAGACCAAUCUAGUAUCGACUCUGUUGAUUUUGACUGGUAUCAUCCUCUAUAGGACAUCGCCGGUUCGUUCUUCCGCCCUCAACUAA